AUGCUCGCCCUCCAGACCGCAACAAAAUCUUCGGCAUCGCGUGUAGCCGCGCGCAGUGCACCGGCAGCCGUCUCCCGCUGGCAGCGCGGUCUCGCCACAGCCGCGGAGCCCUACGAUGCUGUUGUCAUUGGCGGAGGUCCGGGUGGCUAUGUUGCGGCUAUCAAGGCUGCACAACUUGGUCUUCGUACGGCAUGCAUCGAGAAGCGCGGAGCGCUUGGCGGCACAUGUUUGAACGUUGGCUGCAUCCCGUCCAAAGCCAUGCUCAACAACUCGCAUUUGUACCAUCAGGCUCAGCAUGACUUCAAGAAGCGCGGCAUUGAGGUUGGCGAGGUCUCGCUCAACCUUGAGCAGAUGUUGAAGGCGAAGGACGACUCAGUCACUGGCCUGACCAAGGGCGUUGAGAUGCUUUUCCGCCAGAACAAGGUCGACUACAUUAAGGGCGCCGCCUCGUUCAAGUCCAACACCAAGAUCGGCGUCCAACUGCUUGAAGGCGGCGAGACCGAAAUCGAGGGCAAGAACAUCAUCAUUGCGACUGGUUCCGAGGUUACACCCUUCCCCGGCGGCGCUAUCACUAUCGACGAGGAGCAGAUUGUCUCGUCUACCGGUGCUCUCUCGUUGAAGAAGGUCCCGGAGAAGAUGAUCGUCAUUGGAGGUGGUGUUAUUGGUCUCGAGAUGGGCUCGGUCUGGAGUCGUUUGGGCGCGGAGGUCACGGUCGUCGAGUUCCUCGGCGGUAUCGGCGGACCGGGUAUGGACGAGGAGAUUGCGAAGCAGUUCGAGAAGAGCUUGAAGAAGCAGGGCUUGAAGUUCUCGCUUAACACCAAGGUUCUCUCGGCUGAGAAGAAGGACGGCAAGAUCGUACUCAAGACCGAGGCUGCGAAGGGCGGCAAGGAGGCUACGUACGAGGCUGACGUCGUCCUUGUCUCUGUUGGUCGCAGGCCAUACACUGAGGGCUUGAACCUCGAGGCUGCGGGCGUCGAGGUCGACCCCAAGGGCCGCAUUGUCAUCGACUCGCAGUUCAACACGACCGCCUCGAACAUCCGCUGCAUUGGUGACGUGACGUUCGGACAGAUGCUGGCACACAAGGCCGAGGAGGAGGGCAUUGCCGCUGCUGAGUACAUCAAGACCGGUCACGGUCACGUCAACUACGACACGAUUCCUGCCGUCGUCUACACCCACCCCGAAGUCGCAUGGGUCGGCAAGUCUGAGCAGGAGCUUAAGGCGGCUGGCGUGCAGUACAAGGUCGGGAAGUUCCCCUUCCUGGCCAACUCGCGUGCCAAGACAAACUUGGACACUGAGGGUCAGGUCAAGUUCCUUGCGGAGAAGGAGACGGACAAGAUCUUGGGCGUGCACAUCAUGGGUCCCAAUGCGGGCGAGAUGAUCGCGGAGGCGGUCGUGGCGAUGGAGUACGGCGCAAGCUCGGAGGAUAUUGCAAGGACGACGCACGCACACCCUACGCUCUCCGAGGCGUUCCGUGAGGCAGCACUUGCCGCGUACUCGGGCAAGGCCAUCCACUUCUAG